CAUCAUGAUUUCAGUCGGGGUUAUCACUUGACUCAUGAACUAUUAUCACUGACAAUAAUAAUUAGGUGAUCUACUAAGGAAAUGAAAUUGUAUUUUUAUUCUUUGAUAAAGAAUGUAACCGUUACUUUGUAAAUGUUAUCUAUUGAAAUUAUUCUAAUGCGACUGAAAUUCAUUGUUAAAGUGUUUAUGUAGGCUAUUAUAUUAUGUUUGAGGUGUUUUGAAAUCUCAAUCCUAUCAGCAGAAGUUAGUGAAUAAGUUUUGUGGAAAAUGUGGGAAUCAAGCGUUUGGUGUGCUUUGAAAGUUGUGCUUGGUCUGUAUCUAUUGUACUAUCUAUAUAGAAUUUCAAAAUUCAUAUACGAAAUGUGGAUUUUGCCAGUGUGGAAGAAACCGAUUGAUCUGAAAUCAACUGGAGAGUGGGCAGUGAUAACUGGCUGCACUGAUGGCAUAGGAAGAGAAUAUGCUAUCCAGUUGGCUAAAAAAGGAAUGCAUUUAAUCCUAAUCAGCAGAUCAGAAAGUAAACUUGAAGAGUUCCAGAUCUAUUUAAGUAACGAGUAUAACAUCAAAGUGAGAACAAUUGCCGUUGAUUUCACAAAUAUAAAAAGCAGUUACAAAACUGUGGAAGAGGGAGUAAGUGGGCUGGACAUUGGAGUCCUGAUAAAUAAUGUUGGGAUGCUGAACGGCUACAAACUGUUCUUGCAAGAUGACUAUCAAGUGAUGAGUGACAUGGUGGAAGUCAAUGUCAACGGAACUGUACUCAUGACUUCCAUCAUUCUUCCUCAUCUGGUGACAAAAAAGAAAGGAGUCAUCAUAAAUAUAGGGUCUUAUUCAUCGUUAGUUCAAACACCUCACAUGGUUUGCUACGGGGCAACAAAGAAAUUUAUCCUGAAAUUCAGUGAGGAUCUGAGAAGAGAGUAUGCAAAUUGUGGAAUAACCAUACAAUGUCAGACACCAUCCUUUAUAGCAACAAAAUUAUCCAGGAUCGAAUCACCAAGUAUAUUUGUUCCAACGGCUGAAGAAUAUGUGGCAAGUGCCAUGAAGACGAUUGGCAUUCACGAUGUGACAUGUGGAUACUUGGUGCAUGACUUAAUGAUUGCAACUAAUCGGAUUGGGGAAGAGACUCUACCUUCUUUUUCUAAUUAUCUAACGUCUAAAUAUAUAGAUAGCAUAAGAAAAAAGUCCGGUCAUUGAAGGAUUUUUAUAGUCUGUUGAUAUUUUGUCAUUGGUCAUGAUCAUGAACCAAUAAUACUGUUAUUUUGUCUGCCUCCAACAUUCUGUUCUCUAGAACGUGAAUGGUCUUAGUGUGGGCAACUGCUCAGAUUGGAAAAUAAUUAGAGGUGCAAAAUACAAUCAUAUUGUGAUUUUUCUUAUCUUGUUCCAAGACUUAUUACAGUGUAGUGUGUCAGAAAAAUAAGACAGGAGGUUUUGAUAAGAAACAUGAAAAAUGCUUGGUUUCAAAAUCUAUAUAUGAACAUCAAUUUGUGUGUUGGGCGUGAGGAAGUCCCAUUUAGGCUACUAAAGUACUUAUUUUCGAAAAGAAAAUUGAAAUUGAAUUUUAUUAUAAGAUUGAGAUAGAAUUAUAAGUUAUAAUUGAUUAUGAUAGAGUUUUAUUAUAUUAUAGGCCUAAAUAAAUUUUUCUAGAAUUGAGAAAUAUAAAAUUUUAUAUUUUUAAUUUUAUAUAAAACACUGUAGAUUCUGACUAAGUCAACUGCCUUGUCUCAUGUCAGACAAUGAUAGUAAACCAUGCUAAUCAGAUGCUGCCGGAAAGAUAAUCAGAUUCUAACGAAUAAGUAGCUAAAGGAAAGGUCGGUUCGUGUAAGAAAUGAGCUUCAUUUUUUCUCGAUAUAAAUAUAUAUAUAAUUAUUAUAUAUAAACAUUUUUAAAAUAGGCCUACACAAUAAAUUGGAGAACUAUUAUAUUUUAUUCACAUCAAAAUGUACAAUUUUCUAGUCACAUUUCCUGAACAUUUACAAGAAUAUUGAUUGAAAUAUACAUUGCCUUAGUAUAUCACGACAAAUACAAAGAAUUGAUGUUGAAA